AUGUCCUUGAGGAGCAACAGCAGCAGCAGCAGUAGCAAUUUUAGUAAAGAAGACGAACGGAACAAGGUUACUUCUACGCUGGAUUCAAGAUUCAAUCAAACUCUAAAAAAUGUUCAAGGGUUGCUCAAAGGUCAAAGUUUUCGUGGUAAGGUAUUGAUAACACAGAGGUCGGAUCCUCUGGAUCAAUCAGCUCAGCAAUCUCCAAAUAAUGACAGAAGGUUCUCAAAGAAUGAUACUAAACAUAGGGACAAGUUUGAUAGAUCUGUUGAGGUGGUACCUGCAUCAGUGUUUAGGACGGGAUUUACUGGAGAUAAGAGCACUCUUUUGUGGACAAAACUCUUGGUUGAUAGAGCCAGCAGCCACGAGACCUUUCGUAGUUGGAUCAAACUUCCCUCCAUGUCCUGA